AUGAAGAGGAAGGAUCUAAACGAUCGACCACAACCGGGCGUCAACGAAUACACUGUAGUCUCAGACAGCGAAGAUGAGUGGGAUGACGACGAUGCCACAAUAUUUGACGUUGGGAACCAACGUCUUAGAACGGAGACUAUCACAGUCGAAAACUCUCUGUCGUAUAAACCGUCGUGGAAACCUACUCUAGACAAACAGAUUUAUUCUUCGCAGAACGACCACAAUGCGACCUCCUUCGAACGCAAUCAAAAGCGAAAGCGUAAACCCAAGGGUUUAGCGUUAGAGUUUUCCAGAGUGGAUCCAAUCACCGAGAACGACAUGAGAAACGCGAGAAAAAAAAGGAAAGCCUUGGGAUUACAUAGCAUACAGCCAACAAACAGAGCUUCGAAUCACCCUGAUCUCAAUGACGGUAUCCUCCGAAGAGAGGAGUCAAACUACAUCCGCACAGUUAUCGAUGUUCUCAAAAAUCGAUUGCCAGACUAUACAGAGGAUCGCAAACAUAACGCGCGGAAGGUAAUUGAUCUCAGGAAGAAAAACAUCGAAACGCAGGAAAGGCUCAUUGAAGUCGAAGAGGAAAAGCUUCAACUCAGGAAGGCGAACCUGAAACUCGAAAAGGAGAAGCUUAAACUUGAGAAGAAGAACUUGGAGAACGAAGAGAUUUUAGAUGACAACGAAUCGAGGCAGGCCAUGGUCCUAGUCAAAAUACUGGAACAGAAGCUUGGGGACGUUGGUGCGCAGUAG